AUGAUCAUGAUGACCAUGCGGCCGUGCUCUGCGGGGCAUCACGUGGCACAACCAGGUGUUGAGAACAUUCUAAACACCAUGGCCUACUCUGCUGUCCAUGCACAAGUAGGUCGUAGUGCAAGAUACUCCAAGUCCGCGUUCAAGUUGAACCUAUCCCCCCCUCCAACCCCCCCCCCCCCCCCUUUCCUCCCCUCUCCCCCUCCACCUCUUUCUUCUGAAACCCUCCCGUUUCUACUCCUUGAGUCCAGCAUCUGGAAGGCCCAACACGAAGCAAUACAUCGUGCGUUUGUCAUCGGUGCCAUCAGAGCUCAGACUGCUAACUCCUUGCUCUUUCCUACCUGCUUUUCUCUCCCUCCUCCGCCCCACCUCUCUUCAACAGCCGAAAGGCCCAACACGAAGCAGUACAUCGUGCAUCUAUCCUCGGUGCCAUCCGUACUGUCGUACCGCGGGGGAGUCAACGGGCUGCGGGCCACAGCAACUGUAGACAAUGAGGAGGACGAGUGUGAGGACGAAGAAGACGUGGAUGACGUGGAUGAUGAGGAUUAUGGGGAGGAUGGCGAUGCUAAUGGUGAGGGCAGCUUUGAUGCAGAUAUUCAGUUUGCUGCUGCGGCUGCUGCAGAGGCAGCAAUGGAGUUGGCAGGAAUAGGAGGAGAAGGAGCAGCAGCAGGUGCGGAGGGGUCUGAAGGGGUAGCAGCGGUACGAGGUUGGGGGGGCGGAGGCGGAGGAAGAGGAGCAGCAGUGAAGGUCAGCGCACUGCCGUUUGCAAGAACUGGGCUGGAUGUGCUGGUGGAGAGGGUGGCCGGAGAUAAGGCACCAAGGGCAAGCGGAGCCACGUCAGCAGUGCUGACGGUGCAGAAUCUAAGUGCACGUGCCGCGCGCAUCAUGCGCGCAACGCCGUGGGGCCGACUCAUGCGACCCGACGUGCGGUUACCGCACGUCCAGGCCUUCACCCGCUUCCUGGAAGCUUCUCACCGCAGCCUACUGCAGUCGCUCAAAAUCCCUUCCUCAGCCAUUUUCCACAGUUACACGUAUCUGACGAACAGCUUUGCAGCGCAGCUCACCGUUGCAGAGGCAAGGCGGCUCAAGAGGCACCCUGCAGUCGCAGAGGUGGAGAGAGAUCAGAUAGUACGAGUAACAUCGGUGCACUCCCCUGAGUUUCUCAAGCUCGACUCGAGCCUGUGGCCGGCGAAUGGCGGGCAGAGCAACGCAGGGGAGGGAGUGAUCAUUGGGGUGAUCGACUCGGGGAUCUGGCCCGAACACCCUUCCUUCUCCAACCCUGACCCAAACGGCGCUCCUUACUCCACUGCGCCCGUGCGCUGGAGAGGCGUGUGCACCAAAACAAAGGACUUCACGGCGUGCAACGGCAAGGUGGUUGGGGCGAGGUUCUUCCUGAAAGGCAUGGAGCGGGAGUAUGGCAGGGUGGACAGCAGAUUGGAUUACCGGUCGCCACGGGACAUGGACCAGCACGGCACAUGGUGUGCGGGAGCGGCUGCUGGAAACGCAGGUGUGGACGUCACAAAAGGUGGCCGGACCUUCGGCACAGCCUCGGGCAUGGCUCCGCGAGCCAGGCUGGCAAUAUACAAGGGGCUGUGGAGCACCGAAGAUUACGAAGGGCUGGGGGUGAUGUCUGACCUUGUUGCUGCUGCGAACAAGGCGGUAGCUGAUGGUGUGGACAUCAUCUCGUGCUCAUGGGGGGGCAUGGCGCGGUAUUUCCAGGACAUGCCCUACUUGCAAGCACUUAAGGCUGGAGUGGUCACGGCCUUUGCAGCCGGCAACGACGGCCGACCCAACCCUUGGAGCAUGUGGGGCACAAUCUCUAAUGCCUCUCCCUUCUACCUCACAGUGGGAGCAAGGUACGGCUGGAGUGGGAGGGGAGGGAUAGUGAGUGAUUACAAGGGACGAGUACAUGCUGUGCUCACCCUGGGUGAUGGAAAAACCUUCACAAGGGCGAGUCUGCAGAUCGAGUGGGAUGGGACCAACACACUCUCAACCCCACACUUACUCUCCCUUCUCCCCAACAUUCCUGCUCCUCACCGCAGCACCAUGGGGAGGGAGUGCAAGGCUGUGCUCACCCUGGGCUGGGCGAUGGAACCACUUUCCUUUCCACCUCCCUUCUCACCCCACCGCCCACCACGGCUCCCCACUGCUCCCCACCGCAGCACCAUGGGGCGGGAGUACAAGGCUGUGCUCACCCUGGGCGAUGGAUCCACCUUCACAGGGCGCGGUCUUGGUGGCACAACUGCUACGGCGUCAGAUCUGCCCCUUGUGCUCGACACGACUAUUGUAUGA